AUGGUUCAAAUCAGCGAGGUCCGCGGCAACAGUCGCGACAGUCGCACCGCCGCCCACACACACAUCAAGGGUCUUGGUCUCAAUGCGAAUGGCAUUGCCGAAAAGCAGGCUGCCGGCUUCGUUGGCCAGACAUCGGCGCGCGAGGCCUGCGGUGUCGUCGUCGAUCUUAUCAAAUCGCACAAGAUGGCUGGCCGGGGAGUGUUGCUAGCAGGGGGCCCAGGCACUGGCAAGACGGCACUGGCUCUCGCCAUCAGCCAGGAACUUGGCACAAAGAUCCCCUUUUGCCCCAUCACGGGCAGCGAAAUCUACUCGACCGAGGUGAAAAAAACCGAGGUACUGAUGGAGAACUUCCGGAGAGCCAUCGGCCUCAAGGUCCGCGAGACCAAGGAUGUCUACGAAGGCGAAGUCACCGAGCUGACGCCCGAAGAAGCCGAGAACCCGUUGGGCGGCUACGGCAAGACCAUCAGCACCCUUCUGAUAGGGCUGAAGAGUGCGAGAGGGCAGAAGAAGCUACGGCUCGACCCCAGCAUCUACGAGGCGAUCCAGAAGGAGAGAGUUACCGUCGGCGACGUCAUCUACAUCGAAACCAACACGGGCGCCUGCAAGCGCGUGGGCCGGUCCGACGCCUACGCGACCGAGUUCGACCUCGAGGCUGAGGAGUACGUGCCCAUCCCCAAGGGCGAGGUGCACAAGAAGAAGGAGAUUGUGCAGGACGUGUCGCUGCACGACCUCGACGUGGCCAACGCCCGCCCCCAGGGCGGACAGGACAUCAUGUCCAUGAUGGGCCAGCUGAUGAAGCCCAAGAUGACCGAGAUCACGGACAAGCUGCGUAGCGAAAUCAACAAGGUCGUCAGCAAGUACAUCAACCAGGGCGUGGCCGAACUUGUUCCAGGUGUGCUCUUUAUCGAUGAGGCGCACAUGCUCGACGUCGAGUGCUUUACCUAUCUGAACAAGGCGCUGGAGUCGCCCAUCUCUCCUAUUGUUGUCCUUGCAUCGAACCGGGGGAUGGCCACUAUUCGCGGGGCUGACGACCUGGUGGCUGCCCACGGCAUCCCCCCCGAUUUCCUGUCUCGCCUGCUGAUCAUCCCCACGCAUCCGUACGAGCCCGACGAGAUCAAGCGCAUUGUGCGCAUCCGGGCCAACACCGAGGGCGUCCACCUCACGGAUGCGGCCAUUGACAGGAUUGCCGACCACGGCGUGCGCAUCAGCCUUCGUUAUUGCCUCCAACUGUUGGCCCCUGCGAGUAUCCUUUCCCGCGUCAAUGGUCGCGCUAUAAUCGACGUCCAGGACGUCGCAGAGGCCGAGGACCUGUUUCUGGACGCCCGGAGGAGCGCCAAUGUGCUAGCGAGCGAAGCCGGCCAGGGAUUCAUCUCAUAA